CGUCUAUGGCAGUACGCAGUCUGCAGCAACAAAAAUGGCGUUUACUAAUAAGGAUGUUGCACCUCUGUGGCACAAUGGACCAUCGCCUGGUGCAUUCUAUCAUUUUCCAGGCAACCAAUAUGGGACCGGUGGAUUUCAAAAAUCACAAUCUCCCAUAACGACUGGCACGUCCGUUAUUGGCAUAAAAUUUAAAGACGGAGUCAUCAUAGCGGCCGACGUCUUAGGAUCUUACGGUUCACUUGCCCGUUAUAGAAAUCUCGAACGUAUUAUGAAAGUUAACAAUAACAUCAUUCUUGGUGCAUCUGGAGAUUAUGCAGAUUUUCAGUGUGUCAAGAGCUAUGUGGAAAGAAAAAUUCUAGAGGAAAAAUGUUUGGAUGAUGGAUUUAGUUUAAAACCGAAAGCGCUGCAUUGUUGGUUAACACGCGUAUUGUACAAUAGGCGAUCAAAUUUUGAUCCGUUUUGGAAUAAUUUUGUGAUUGCUGGUUUGGACGAUGGAAAACCAUUUUUGGGAACUGUCGACAAGCUUGGGACAGCUUACAGCGAUCCAGUAAUUGCGACUGGAUAUGGUGCUUAUAUGGCAACGCCUAUACUAAGAAAAGCUUAUGAAGAAAACAGUGAAAUGAACAAAGAGGAAGCUAUUGAACUAUUAUACAAAGUAAUGCAAGUUCUCUUUUACAGAGAUGCAAGAUCUUUCCCGAAGUAUCAUCUUGGUAUUGUCACAAAGGAAGAAGGUGUUGAAAUACAAGGACCGAUAACUUUAGAUAGCUAUUGGGGACCUGCAAUCUUGUAAAACUAAUUUUUUAAAUUUCUUUAUAAAUUAUAAUAAAGCUUAUAAGGUAAAAGUAUCUUGUAAUUGUUUUUUUCAUUGAUGUGCGAAUAUAUAAUUCGCGUUACAUAUAUAUAUAAAUAAGAAAAAA